AUGGCAUUACCUCUUCCGCCGGGGCUGACGCCCCCCGAGAUAGCGUUCUUGUGCGAGAUGGAGCUCGUCACUGUCAUACCGCGGCAGAGACUUGAGGGAUUGGAGCUUCUCGGCGUAGGUGUGCCCCUCCACCCCGCCAUGCUUGCUUGUGGACCCAUAGAACCGCUCGUUCCUCCGCACCGAACAGACAUUCCUCUGUGGUUAGCUCUCCUGCUCAAGCGACAGCGCCGCGCCAACAUACUUCCACCGCCAUGGCUUAACACGCACUCUCUCAAUGCCAUCCUCGAACACGAAAUCGAAUACGCCGAGACCUUCUCCCCGCCACCCCGACUACCACCGCAGCCCUCAAACAAUACACUUCCUAUCUCCCCACCGUUCCUACCCAACUCGACAGCAGGAGGAGCACCAGACGCCUUGCCAUAUCACUGGCUUGAGCUGGGCGAAAUGCUGCUCGAAACAGCGUCGGACGACUUCGAGGAGCCAGACAACGUACGGAAACUGCUGAGAGGCCUGAGGGAAGUACGAAUGGCCAAGCUCAGAAGCGGUGUAGAAGUACUGGAUGCAGGAGGUGGUUUCAAAAUGAAUGGUGUGGGAGGUAUGGAGGUAGGAGAAGGAAGGACGUUCAUUACUGGCGUUAUUGAUGGGUUGAGGAAGAUUGCAGCAUCGCGAGAACAGCAACGCAAAGACCGAGACCGAGAGGAGGCAGAAAACGGUUACGCUGGUACAGCCGACUAUGACGACGACGAGAUGGAUAUGCAAUGA